UCCUCGGCGCGCGGCCCCGCACCUGCUGCCCUAGUCCGGCCCCGGGCGCCGCUGCCAUGCGGCUGGCGCUGCUCUGGGCACUGGGGCUCCUGGGUGCAGGCAGCCCUUUGCCCUCCCGGCCGCUCCCAAAUACAGGUGGCACCAUGAAGCAGGAGAGGCCAGAGAGAGUCCUGAGUGGGCCCUUGGAGCCCCAGAUCCUUCAGGACUACCUCAUGCUCAGCCUAGCAGAGGUGGUUCAGACCAGUCUGCCUGAGGCCCUGCAGAUCAAAUUGGAGCUGGAUGGUGAGAGUCAUAUUCUGGAGCUGCUACAGAAUAGGGAGCUGGUCCCAGGCCACCCAACCCUGGUGUGGUACCAGCCUGAUGGCUCCAGAGUGGUCAGUGAGGGACAUACCCUGGAAAACUGCUGCUACCAGGGAAGUGUGCAAGGCCAUGAAGACUCCUGGGUCUCCAUCUGCACCUGCUCAGGGCUCAGGGGCUUGGUGGUCCUGUCCCCAGAGAGAAGCUACACCCUGGAGCUGAGGCCUGGGGACCUUCAGGGUCCUCCCAUUAUCUCCCGGAUCCAAGACCUCAUCCUGCCAGGCCAUACCUGUGCCCUGAGCUGGGGUGCAUCUGUGCCCACUCGAGCUCCACCAGAGCACGCCUUGAGACAGCACCACAUUCGCCGGCGGAGGCGGGAUGUGGUGACAGAGACCAAAACUGUUGAAUUGGUGAUUGUAGCUGACCAUUCAGAGGUCCAGAGGUACCCAGACUUCCAGCACCUGCUGAACCGCACACUGGAAGUAGCCUUCCUCCUGGACUCAUUCUUCCGGCCCCUGAAUGUACGGGUGGCACUAGUGGGCCUGGAGGCCUGGACCCAGGUGGACCUGGUGGAGAUAAGCUCGGACCCAAGCGUCACGCUAGACAACUUCCUCCGCUGGCGCCGGACAGAGCUGCUGCCCCGAUUACCCCAUGACAGUGCCCAGCUGGUGACGGCUACUUCAUUCUCUGGGCCCAUGGUGGGCAUGGCCAUUCAGAACUCCAUCUGCUCUCCUGACUUCUCAGGAGGUGUGAACAUGGACCACUCCAUAAGCACUAUGGGAGUCGCCUCCUCAAUAGCCCACGAGUUGGGCCACAGUCUGGGCCUGGACCACGACCUGCCUGGAAGCAGCUGCCCCUGUCCAGGUCCAGCCCCAGCCAAGAAAUGCAUCAUGGAGGCCUCCACUGACUUCCUGCCAGGCUUGAACUUCAGCAACUGCAGCCGACAGGCCCUGGAGAAAGCGCUUCUGGAUGGCCUGGGGAGUUGCCUCUUUGAGCGGCCGUCCAGUCUGUCCUCAACAGCCCCCUUCUGUGGAAAUAUGUUUGUGGAGCCGGGCGAGCAGUGUGACUGUGGCUUCCCAGAUGACUGCACUGAUCCCUGCUGCGAUUACUUCACCUGCCAGCUGAGGCCAGGGGCACAGUGUGCAUCCGACGGGCCCUGUUGUCAAAACUGCCAGUUGCGCCCGGCUGGCUGGCAGUGCCGUCCUUCCAGAGGGGACUGUGACUUGCCCGAGUUCUGCCCAGGAGACAACUCCCAGUGCCCGCCUGACAUCAGCCUGGGGGAUGGCGAGCCCUGCGCUGGCGGGCAGGCUGUGUGCAUGCAAGGGCGUUGUGCCUCCUAUGCCCAGCAGUGUCAGGCACUCUGGGGACCCGGGGCCCAGCCUGCAGCACCCCUUUGCCUCCGUACUGCUAAUACUCGGGGGGACGCCUUUGGGAACUGCGGGCGUAACCCCAAUGGCUAUGUGUCCUGUGCCCCUCAAGACGCCAUCUGUGGGCAGCUCCAGUGCCAAGGGGGUAGGGCCCAGCCUCUGCUGGGCUCAGCCCGGGACCUAAUCUGGGAGAUGCUGGAAGCCAAUGGAACUCAAAUGAAUUGCAGUUGGGUGCACCUGGACCUGGGCAAUGAUGUGAUCCAGCCCCUUUUGACUCUGCCUGGCACAGCCUGUGGCCCGGGCCUGGUGUGCAUUGACCAUCGGUGCCAGCCUGUGGAUCUCCUGGGGGCACAGGAGUGUCGAAGCAAAUGCCAUGGGCAUGGGGUCUGCGACAGCAAUAAGCACUGUCACUGCGAGGAGGGAUGGGCACCCCCUGACUGCAUCACCUGGAUCAGAGAAACCAGCUCCCUGACCACAGGGCUGCUCCUCAGCCUCCUUUUGUUGCUGGUUCUGGUGCUGCUUGGGGCAAGCUACUGCCACCGUGCCCGCCUGCGCCAGCGACUCUGCCAGCUUAAGGGACCCACCUGCCAAUACAGGGCAGCCCAGUCUGGUCCCCCGGCACACCCAGGACCCCCGCAGAGGGCCCUGCUGAUGCCAGGCACCAAGCAGACUAGUGCGCUCGGCUUCCCGGCUCCCCCUUCCAGGCCGCUGCCACCUGACCCUGUGCCCAAGAGACUGCAGGCCGGGCUGGCUGACCGACCCAACCCCCCCACGCGCCCUCUGCCCGCUGACCCUGUGGUGAGGCACCUGAAGUCUCAGGGGCCUGCCAAGCCCCCACCCCCGAGGAAGCCAUUGCCUUCCAACCCCCAGGGCCGGCGCCCAUUGGAUAACCUGGCUAGCCCAGGAACUGGAAUUCCCCCCCAGGUGAUACCUUCCAGGCCAGCGCCGCCGCCCCCAGCAGUGCCCUCGCUCUACCUCUGACCUCUCCUGAGGGUCUGCCGCCUCCGACCUGGACUUAGGAGGACUGCAAGAGGCGGACCCGCCCACUGGAGUCCCGGCGAUGACUGAAGGAGAUGACUGACGGAGCCGGAGCCCAGACAAAGCGGAGCAGGUGUCUUAAGACACCAGGCACCACCACGAGCUGUCGAACGACAACCUGCGGACCUGCCACGAGAUUGCAUUGGGGGCAGAGGAGGGGCUGGGGGCUGAACAGAGCUGAAGGAGGUGAGCACAGCCCGUCACUGCUCCGCUACAAUAAACGUGAGAUCUUGGAA